AUGAAGAUUUAUAGUUCAUAUACGAGUAACACACAAAAUCUCUAUCUCCCUCACUUUUUCACAAUUGAUUUGCACUUACUCUGCACUAGACUCAACAUCAUAGUAGAUUGGAUCAGCCAAUUACCAGAUGAAACUCUCUCUAACAUUUUGCGCUUCGUUCCAAUUAAAGAGUGUGUUUCAACUUCCGCCCUCUCAAAGAGGUGGAAGCACUUGUAUAGGAGUGUGCUGGUGAUCGAUGUUGUAUGGGAGAAUAGCAUGGUUCCCGAGGUUAAAAGGGAAUACUAUGUGGACCACUUUAACCGUUGUCGUGAAUAUCUGAACAAUUUCAAUAGCUUUGUGGAAAACAUGAUCGACCUUCCAAGGACCAUAAAUAAGUUUUGGUUCCGAUCUGAUAUUUAUCCUAGUGAAAGUCGCUUGAACCGGUGGAUGUUUAGGGCUAGUCAACCUGGCAGGCUUCGUGCCUUGUGUUUGCCCAUCCCCGGGGGUGAUGGCUGGCAAUCACGUCAUACUUUGGUAUUGUCUUUGGGACUGCGCAGUGUCUUGAAGCUGGAUCUUGGAAGAAACUUCGUCAUACAAUUGUAUGGUUUUGUAUAA